AUGAAUAUCUCUAGCGGGACGACUGCCUCCAGGCAUUUCUGGGAUUUGAGGAGACCAGAAUGCGCACACCCCAUGCUGGGGCACACUCUUGGACUGCGAAAGGUCGCUAGAGUGACAGAACUUCUCCUCCUAAACGUUCUUUUGGUUCUGGUCGUGUGUUGGCAGUGUAAGGACGCACAUGGCACAAGGCAGCCCGACGCGCGAGAGCUCGCGCCGCCUUCCGAUACAGGAGAGGUUUCAGGUGAUGCCUUAAAGGGCGUCGCGCCCUUUCACACAUCUCAAAAACGGCUCCUCCAAUGGGAAGAAGCCCAGCCAGUUACAGCAGAGGAGGAGAAAGCCCUGUCACUUCUCUGGAGAGCAUCACCAGCUGCCAACUCGGAUGGGGCACCCAGCGCUGUAGACCCCAUCUCAACGGCUUCGACUCCGGGAGGGGAACCGAAGACUCCCCUGCAUGCUACUCAGAGAACAGUACCCUUAGUGGCUUCGGGAAACCCGGAUCUUUCUCUACAAGAGGAGAGCGGCGACGCACUUGGGCGCCCAAAGGAACCGAGGUACCGUGUCGCUGGCGGCAACUUCGGGGACUACGAAAUCGCACAAGAAUUUAAGCCAGAUGAGAGCGAGGAGGCUUCCUUCGAUAUCGCGCAUCCAGGGGAGGAACUGAAACGCACCACUACCACCACAACUACUGCACAGCCUCGCCGAUUCCGACAAUGCGCAGAUGCUACAACGAGAGGUUAUUCAAUGCCAUUUGCGUGCUGCACAGUCAGAAGCGGCGACUUCUUCGAUCCUCGAAUCUGGCACUGUGGACGAGUUCCAACUAGUCUCGACGCCGUUUUUAUUCGCCACUUUGUGCGUCUACCAGCAGGCAAAAUGGCCACUGUCCGUUUACGGGCCCUGUGGGUCAUCAAGAGCAUUGAUCAGCAACUGAAAUCCAGCAGAGGCAUUCUGCGAAGUGGGGAAUUCCCCCAUGGGAAGUGCCGCACAGUUGAGAACGAGUUUGCAGCGCCUUCAGCAACGGAGCUCCGUACAAUGCGAGAUACAUUCCGAGACAUUAUUCAUCAGACCCCUUCGCAGGCUUCCGUGUCUGACAUUUGCAGCAGCAUGAGGCAUAAACCGUUCGAACAGGAGUCCGACUUCUCCACAAAUACCGUAACGCUGGUAAUAAUAGAGGAACCGCCAGCGGGUGUUUUAUUAGAAGCUGCCAAGGCAAUCGCGCUGACGGGUGUCGAAACAGUGGGGGAAGCGAUAGGUGGCGAAGACGACGCGGUGGGCGCCGACGCGCAAGGCGCCGCUCAAAGCCAGGAAGUCCCCGUUUUCACGAAUGCACCCGGUACAGAAGAACGUAUGUCUCUUCUGGCGAACCGUCUGUCUCAGUCACGUCCUACCGCUGCUCCGCGAGAUGCGGAUCACCCAGGAACACCCGUGAGAGGGGAGCCUGCAAGUGAAACGGCCGAUUCUUCACCAUCUCCCGUGGUUCCUUUCGGCUUUGGGCGAGCGCCACAACCCCCCACUGCACUGGCCAUGUCGCGACUGCCAGCACACACAAGUCCACAGGCUUUAUUGGGAAGACCGCGAGUCUUGGGUGACGAUUGCAGUGGCCCUCGACGCCUACAAAGUUUUUCGGAACCCCUUACUCUGCGAGGGCCCACGACCUUGCGCGUGGAGAACGGUGCCGCGUUGCUUUUCCUGUCUAAUGAAAUCGGGUGUGCUCGCCUCGCCCAACAUAGCGAGACACUCCGGUCUUAUCUUUCCUCGCUGUCAUGUGUUGGAAUCCUCAGCGCGGCGCUAGUCACCAACGCCCACCUUCGCAACGAUGGGACAUUGUUUAUCGGAGAGUCCGUCUCUCCUGACUGUCUCGAGGAAGCAGGUCGAAGGGGGGAUCGCGAGAAACAAGCUUUAUGCAGAAUUCCAUCUCUUGUCACCAGUGGGUCACUGCUGGCGCGCGAGCCUAUACACGUUCACUGGCUCCAGUUAUCCCAACGGUUGGGAGCGCACCAGCCUGAAGAUGUCAUGUGGUUUGGGAAAGUCGGCUACCCUCCAGGGCUUCCAGGAGAUUCCUCAAGCACACUGACAUUCUUCGGGCACAACGAAGUUGAACGGAUCCUUCCUGGAUUCAGCUUCUCGUUUCGGCGACUCGGUUUCCCGCCUUUUCCUGCCCCACCCAGGAGACCCAACAAGACGACCCUUUUGGUCAAGAACUCGGCGGGGUCCAUAGAUCUGAUGAUCUACGUUGAUGUAUUUGAUGACGACGGUUUCAUCGAUUGCUGUGAAACGUUCUACGACAGGAAUCUCGCGGUCUUUGAGAUUGCCGGUGUCAACGUCAAAUUUGGGCCAUUCUCUGCUUUACGGAAGGACGUGGGAGAUGACUCGAAAAUUUCCGAACAAGUUGUUAUUCGUGCCAACCGAAUAACCACUGAAGAGGUCUUUUCAGGCAUCCCAGCCGUUAUCCCUAAGGAAGACGCCAUCAUGACCAAUUCGGAAACGAUUGCGAAGCAGGCUGGGACAGCCAGAGACAUUGUGUAUUUUCAAUGCCUGGACGAAUGCCGCGUCAGCAAUCAGAUCUUCAAGAACAAGAAAGGGUACAAAUACGUCCAG